AUGAAAAUUGAAACACUUUAUACCGUUUCAGAAUCAACAGAGCAUGCUGCAAUUCGACAUGAUAAGUUUUCCGUAUUUGAAGUCUACAAUGGAAACGCAAAUAACAAUGGAACUGCAGCAACCACCAAUAAUAUAUCGUAUACUAUGGGUGCUCUUGUAUUAACUGGAGCUACCAACGUCCAUAUUGUGUAUUAUGGUAAUUGGACUACUAAUCAACAAAAUAUUGUCAAUACAUUCAUUUCAACAAUUGGAAGUACAUCAUGGUUCAACAUCGAAAAGACUUACUAUUUUCAAAUCUCAAACACAAGUUCCAAGGUAUACACAACAGGUCCACUUACUCUUGGAAACACAACGACAAAUAACUACACUAAUGGUACUCAACUUACUGGUACGAGUAUAAAAGAUAUAAUUUACAAUCAUAUUACGAAAGGACAACUGCCAAAUGAUCAACGGGCAAUCUACUUGUUGCUCAGUUCUUCAGAUGUGAAAGAAAACUAUACAACUACUUCAUCUUUCUGUAACAGCUAUUGUGGAUAUCAUUCGACAUUCUCUCGUGGAACUUCAAAAUACAUCUAUGGAUUUAUAGGAAAUCCGCAAAAGUGCAUUAACAGUUGUAGUGUCUACAAUAAGCUUGUUUCACCUAAUGGUGAUGUCGGUGUUGACGCCAUGUUGACUCCUGUGGCACAUGAAAUAGUGGAAGCAAUGUCCGAUCCAUGGUUGAAUGCAUGGCGCGAUAUUAACAAGAAUGAAAAUGCGGAUAAGUGGUAAGUAGAGAAGCAAAGUAUUUUUGAAUAAGUUGUCAAAUACAGUUUUCUAGCGCUAUUUUAUUUCGGAAAAGCUUCAGUAAAAGAAGCUUUCUUGUAAGAAAUCUCUUCUUCUUUUUUUAUUCCACGGUAAUUAUACAUAUUAGAUACUCAUUGAUGACUCAUCAACGAAUAAUUAUUAAUGAAUAAACUAAUUGAUUACUAUAGGAACCAGUUCCAGUAACUGAUAUGCAAACUGCUAUAUCAACUGAUUGUGGAUCUUAUAGUUGUCAGACGGAUGUUCUAAACACUAGACCAUCAGGAAACGUUUUUCCAUUUCAUGGGCAAGUGAUCAAUCAUUUGUCACAUCAUUCUUGUCUCAAACACACUACGUCCGACCAAAAUACAGUAAACAACGUUCUAGAAUAAAAUAAGAAGUUAUACUUCAAGAAUAAAACAUUUAAGUAUUUCUCAAGUGAUCAACCUAUUAGUCUCCACUACGUAUUUGAUGGCAUUUUCAAUGCUACUCUGUUCCUUAGCUAUAUCAGGAAAAUUAGAAACAUAUAUUUUGUUGUUGUCGAAAUAUUGCUUAGACAAUGUACAAAUUCGGUUAGAUUUUAUACCUUUUUAUAAUCAUAUGACCAGUGUUCCGGAUAUGAUCAAAUAAGCAAGUUUAAUGAUGUCGAUUAUAUUUGUGUUAUUGUAAAUGUCUAUAUAUUCUCUAACUGGAAUGCAAAAAAUCCCGAAGUAUUAAUCGAGACAGAACACCUGUACAGAUCAGUUUUGAUGCAGUCACAUACGGUAAACAGACAUUUGAAUAUUGCAGAUAGUGAAGACAAAAUUUUCGAUGAAUUGAUAUAGAAAUAUAUCCAAAAUAACAGUAAAAUGUUCAUGAUGUGUCGAGAUCGAUCGUUUUAUGUGCGAUUCAAAAUGCUAGGUCAAAUAGAAAUCAAUGAGUCAAUUAGUGGUAUUUUGCGUUCUCAUCCUUUUCUGUGAAUACAUUUCAAAUAAUUUCAUUUGAUUAUUGAUUUUGAGAAACUAUCUUAUGUCAGAAUUUAUGAAAUGUUCAGGCUUAUAGUUGUCAGCUAAAUAAAUUCUAUAGCCUACAUUUAUGCUCAAACUAAUUUUUUCUUCAUUCGAACGGUUCAUAUAUAUGAAUAAAAAAAAACAAAUAACCUGUUAAUAGGUUGAACUAUAAACGGGAUGAAGAUAUGCAGAAACAUUAAUUCAUAAUUUUUAUGAAAUCCGAAUUGAAUAAAGAUAUGUGUUCUUCUAGAUGAGUUUGAUCUUCCUCAAAAAAAUAAAUAUUCUCAUCGUAAUAUUUGAAACAAAUUACAACACUGAUCACCUAGAUUAUAUCCAAAAUAUUGAUCUAUUAGUAAUGUUUUUUAUUUUGUAAUUUUAGUGCCUGGACCUUUGGAAAUAGGACAAAUCAAAACGGGUAUUACUACAAUAUUGUUAUUAAUAACAAGUUCUAUCUCAUUCAACAAAAUUGGGACGCAAAUCUUCAGACAUGUGCAAUGUCUGCCUAAAUUAUUUGCUCGGGCAUUCAUCCUGACAUAAAAGACAGAUUGUUUUUAAAUUAAUCUACACGCAUAAAUUCUAACAUGUUGCAUUUAUAAACAAGAUGUAGUAUUAAUUAUACAACUCUUAAUUUUCCUUUUUUGUUUUUAAUAUAUUUAUAAUGGAUCCGUUAUAAGGAGGAAAUUAUAAGUAAAAUAAAUAAUGUUCUAUGCAAAAGUCAAUCGUUAUUAUCAAUAUAUACACUUCUUGGAAAAGAGCAUAUUCAGAUGAAUGAAUUGAAUCAGAUCUCAUAAAAAUCGACUAUUCGACAGUAUUCAAUGGAAAUCUGAGUUAUAGAAUCAUUAAAAGAUCUGAUAGGUAGAUUCUAAUGAAUAUUCGAUGAUAUCUAACUGUCGAAAUCGGUAGAUAUUUCCACUAUUGGUUGUUGAUAAAAUUCUUAUCGGUUUCACUAACAGUUUUGGAUCUUCAAUGAACCUUGUAUAUCACGAAACAACAUCCGUCAUUUCAAAUCUGCUAAACCUUAACUGAAAAGAUGCAUGAGUUUCGAAAUGGGAAAAUCUAUCGUUUUUGUCAUGAGCUUUCAAUGAAAUUACAAAAAAAAAAGAUUAAGCGUAGUCGCAUUACAGUAACUGUUGAUAAUAUUGAAAUGUCAUCUCGAAGUAAAAAAUUUGGAUCUGCAAUACACACAUAAAUAAAAAUUGUUGAAUAAGCGUAGUUCGGUCCAGUUAUGCUUCUUAUGAAUCCUUGCCAAAGCUUUUCAGAGAUGAAUAAUCCGUACUGACAAGUAGUUUGAAGAAAUGUUUAGGUCAGAUUUCUCGUCUCGAAAAGUGUAAAUUACAUUUUUUUUUGUUCCCUGAAUAAUACCCUUUGACAAAUAAAGCCGACUCAAAGAUUUUUUGAAACAUGGCAAAUUUCGACUUUGUAACUUUAAACACUUCUGAGUGUGCCUUCAUAAGCUAUUGGAAAAGUGAUAAGAACGUCAUGGUUUUGGUCACUUUUUACUAUUCUUUGUAACAUACAUUAUUUUCAUACAGUUUGUAUUCUGAAAAUAUUGAAAUUAGAUAUUCUGAUGAUUUUCUCGAGCUGACAAAUAUUCACUGAUGAUUCCUUCCAAGUUAUUGAAAAGGCAGUAUACAAUGAUGCUUCAAGUCACUUUUCACUUUCCAAAGAAACAAAAACUUGCAUUAAUGCAGUUUUUGUACAGAAAAAAAUAAAAUCUACAUCAUGUUUUCCAAUACUUUCUUUCAGUUAUAAAACAUGAAAAGAUAUUCAUUUCGUGAAUUAUUUCAAACUAAAUAUUAUAUGUUACGUGUAAUACAUUUCAUCAUUUUGUACUUUCAUCUAAUAGAGAAAGUUUGUAGAGUACGAUCUGUCUUCAGACAAUAGAUCCUAAGCUUUAAUAUUAAUAUUUUCUUGCACUACAUAUAUGCCUUGAAACAACUCUCGUCAUUUAUUUCAGAAGUAAACAUUAACUGAUACGUCUGACAUGCAUUCAGUCGCUUACAUAUAUGAAAUCUUGGUCAUUUUCUGAGAAAUUUCAGAAAUGAGCUCAGCAGUGGCGUAGCCAGGAUUUUUGUACAUGCUGGAUUUCAGCUUCAGAGUAUGGGAUCCAGAUGAAACUUAUGGAGGGUGAUAUUGGACCCAAAUGAUGAGUUUUUAUGAAAAAUUUUUUGCGAUCGGAGCUUGCGAAAAAAAAUCUUUUUUUUUCUUGGGGCC